CCUCUUACCAUUCGAUAGUUGUCCGUUGCAACGUUAGUAUCGCUGUCGCUUUAUUCUUGAAGGUAAUUUUUCUUAAAAAGUGAAUAUCUCCACACAUUCGGUUUUGACUUUCUUCUUCUUGUUGGCUGACGAUGACGACGACGACGGCUUAAAGCCCGUUUUGUUUUUAUAUUUUAAUUUUUUUUUUCUUAUACUGAACUUUUUGUUAAGCCUGUUUUUUUUUCGGGAUCGGGUCUAAGCGAAAAUAUUUUAUUGAUUUUCCUCCCUCCGGCGCGUUGACGUUGGUGUAAAGAUUGGGAAAAAAGAAAGAAGAUCUUUGAUGUUUUUUUUUUUUUGUUAAUUUUCCCGUUUUACGACUUUUUCUGUCAGACUUUUAGGCCUCCUCAUUAAUUCGGUCAUUCGGUUUACUGUUAAAUUAAUCUUUUAAUUUAUUCAUAUUUCGGUCUUGUGAUUAUUAUUUCUGUUUUUUUUUUUUUUUCUGAUUUUUGUAUGAGCCUAUUUCAGCAGUUUUUCGUUGCAGUAAUAAAUUUUUUGUUGUAUUGUGUUAAACAAAAAAUUUUGGUGUGUGUGAGUGGAUUUUCCAAAAAAAUACAAAAAAAAAUUAGGUUAAAUAACAAAGAAAAUAAAUGAUUUUGUGUUUUUAUGAGUGCCAAGUCGAUAAGAGUUAUUAUUAAUCGUUUUUAUAUUACUUAUACUGCAACGUUUAAUAUUAUUUCUUUGAUUUUUUUGCGUGCGAAGAUUUUUUAACAAGAUAAUAAAUAAUUUUCAGAAAUUAAAAAAAAUACCUAUACAAAAAGUGAAAAUAAAAAAUUGUUAAGUGAUAUUAGUUAAAAUAGUUUGUGAUUACUUAGAUAAUACUUUUCACUUGGUUUUGAAGUGAAAAUUGAAAUUAAAAAAAAAAAAAAAAAAAAAAAAAAAAACAACAAAGACCGAUUUGAGGCCAUUUAUUUUGGAUUAUACCGGACAAGCUGCCAUCUUUUUUUUUUACAUUUUUCAUCGUUUUGUGGAAGUUCCUGUUGGGUUUUAUAAAUAUUACAACAUAAAGAAAUAUCACCCUCAGCUCUAGCUAGCUACAAAAUAUAACCAUUAAUUUUGGGAAUAUGGACAGAUAAAAAAUCCAUUAAAACUAAGGUAAUUCAUAAAAGUUUAUAUACUUUGCAUAUAUGUAUUCAGGGAAAUAAGAAAAUUAUUUCAUAGAAAUAUGAUGUCAAUGUAAAAUGACACCAUCAGAUGGCAACACUUAGCCAAAACUAUGACACAAAUUAUUUUGAUGUGAAUCCAUAUUAUGUGCCGAUCAAUAACAAACAAUCGCCGAUGUAUGACAAAUCAAAGAAAACCUGGAGUCAACGGCUCAAAAUCAGCAAAACCGAUAAGGCCACCGCGCAAAUGGUGGUACCCCAACUACCCCCACCUCCAUCCCAAAUGCAACAACAUCAGUUGCAUCACGAAUUUCCUGUCGUCGGUGGUUUAGACUUCCCUCCCAGUGCUUUGUCACGUUCAAUGAAAUAUGCCGAACCAUGGAUAUACGGCACAGUUCGUGGCAUACCCGCCCGUCCAAUGCACUUCCAUCCCGGACAGGCAAUGUUCGCUCCAAUGCCAUCCGAAAUUGCUGUCGUUAUCUGUUCUUGCCCGGAAUAUCUUAACGGUACAAAGCGUGAGGUGAAAAAAGCAAGUAUUUGCAAGAAAUGCAAAGGAUCCAGGCUCCCACUGGCCCCGAUCGGAGGAACUGUCCGAAUUCGACCAACCAGUACUCCGAUACAGCAAAAACAUCGUCCCACAAAUGCGUCGACGAUGAGAGUGGUUUCGUCGAAGUCAAGGCCGUCCAUUUUGGAUCCUCAGAAAGAUCCAUAUGAUCUAAUGCGACGGACUCGAUUGCUCUCCCCCGAACCGAAAUCUUCACCCCAGCAAUCAGACAAGAAUUAUCGUUCAAGUCGUGGAAAAAGUUCCAGUCCCAAUCGAAGUCGCAGUCGAACUCCUCGAUCGCAACUAGAAGAACCAGCAAAAUCUUCGCCAAAACAAACUCAAUCAUCCUCCAGCAAAACUACCGAUCGCUGGAUAGUUGAGGAUAGCAGCCAAUCUUCCCGACGCUCCAUACUCCGUUGCAACGUCAAUCCCUAUGACCUGAUCUCAAACAAAUCCUCUGCAUCAUCCUCGUCAUCCUCUGUACAGCAUUUGAGUGAAUUCUCACCCCAUGACGAUGAAGAUGACGACGUUGUUACCGAUAUGUUCGGAGGCAAGUCGUCGUCGUCGAUUAAUCAAAAGACCACUAUUAGUCGCAAGACAACCGGACCUCUUAACAUAUCAUCUCCAUCACCAUCUCCUUCUGCAGUUUCAUCAUCCGCCGGAACAUCAUCGGGUGGAGGAUCAUCCAACAAACCAACAAUGAGUUAUGCCAAUUGUAAGGCGAUUGCUGGACAACGGAUAAGUUUUGGUGAACACUCACCAGCACCGUCAUUAAUCACCAAAAAUGGCGAAAGCUUUUUAUACGAAAAUGUUGUGUUGUCUUCAAGUAACAACAAUGAAACCACCAGUAACAGUCCUAAAUUUCAGAAACAGCAACAGCAUAGUGCCAAAAAGGACGAUUCUACCACCUCGACUCCACAGCCGAAACGUCCACCGCGUAGAAAGAACGAUGUAAACUUGUCGUCUCAGCAAAUGUUUGAUAAUCCUGACGGUGGUCGUGACGGUGAUGAUGGUGAUGACUGUGACGAGGACGAUGGUGAUGGGACUGGUACUGGUAUAGCAUCAUCCAAUCGUCAACAACAACGUCAUCAUCAUCAAAUAAUGUCCUCGCAAAUUUCCACAGAUUUAGUAGUAGGAGUAACAGGAACUGGAGCAGGAGCAGGAACAGUAGCAGCUAGUCAAAGACCCUCCAUCAAAUCCAUUCUUAAAAGGCCACUAUCGUCGCCAACAUCCGGUGUACUUCUAGCUGUCAACACUCCAUCCAAAUCCCCGUUGAAUGGUGACACUGAUACCGGAAGUCUUGUUGGUUCCUCUGCCAUCACAACCAACACCACCACCAGCGAUUCAUGUAGACUCGACCAGCAGCAGCAGUUCCAACAACAGCAACAACAGCACAACCAACAUCAUCAUCAUCAUCAAAUUAAACGUAACUCAACCAGGACACAUGAAAGCUCACUCAAGAGUCCUUCAAAUGGAAGUAGCAGUGGUACCGGUGUUGGUAAUGGUGGUGGUAGUAGCGGAGGAGGUAAUGGAACUAGUGGAAACAGUGUAGGUUUGGACACAAUGCUAGCCAAAUCGAAUGGAGGACAAAAAACCGCUGCAGAAACAAAGACCGGAUCACAGUUUUAUAUUCCGUUGCCACAGGCUCGUAAAAAAGUCCAAUUUAUGGUCGAGGAUAAAAUAAUCCAAGUUGACAAUGCGAACUACCAUCAUCAUCAUCAUGGUGAUAGGGAUGAGAAUGAAGAUGAGGAUGAGGAUGAUGACGAGGAUGACUAUCAUUCUGCUCAAGGAGAUGAAACUGACAAAACUGAAAUCUCCAAGCAAAUAGGUAAGACCCUUACAGCUAACUACCGGAACUGUAGUAGUACGCCUGGCACUCCUGUUCCUUCUGGAACCAAAGCUACUUCCAUCAAUGUUGGAGCAGGUGGCAGUGGUGGUGGUGGGGGAAACAUCUCGAAAAGUGAUACCACGAGAAAACUACUUCUGUCAUCGAAACCUACACUUGUCGUCACUGAUGUGGACAAGGAUCAACAGCAACAGCAACAGCACCAGCAGCAGUUACAAAAUGAAAAUAAAGAAAAGAAAAAGGAUGAAAGGUCGUCUUCUGGUUCUGGUGAUGGCAAACGUAGAAUCAUUGCAAUCACUAAUGGCAGCCGGGAAGAUUUUGUUGGAAAAGAAAAUCCCACUGCUGCUCCUGUUGCUAUGGCUAAUAGAUUCAACCAAGAGCUAUUGCAACGUCAGAGACAACAAAAACAACUACAACAACAACAAAGACAGCAACAGAAACAGGAAGCAGUAUUAAACUUAUUACAGCUCGAGUCGAACUUGGUGUCGAGUGAAUUAUUAAAUUCUGGCAAAAAUACUUCUUACUACCAGAACUUCCAACAGCAGCAACGAAACCAAAACCAAAGCCAGGAUCAGAAUGAGCCGCAUUAUGAAGAUGUUGCCAAUGACGAUGAUGGUGUCAACGACGCCAACGACCACGACGAUGACGACAAUGACACUGACAACGACGACGAUGAGGAGAAAACAAUGUCCUCGACUUCAUCUUCUUCGGUAACUCUUGCUCCAACUCAAGGCAGCAGCGAUGAAGACCCAUGCGGUCGAUUUAAUGGCAAUGGUGACAGGACAAAGGAUUUGUCUUCAUGCAAUCUCAAAACAUCCACCCCAUCUCCACCAGAAGAUGAAGAUGAAGAAACAGCAUCAGUGACAACCCCAACAUCAUCACAACAACAACCGGCACUAUCACGAAAUGCCAUUCGACGCACUCAUAGCGAACGUCAUCCGUGUAACGUUCACAUCGGCACUUCCUCCACAAAUGUUAUUCUUAACUUCAAGGAUACAAUGGCACUACGAGUGAAAGCCACCCGCAAGGACUCUAGAGAUAUAUUCUCUAGCUCGUCCUCAAGUACAUCGCAGCAACAGCAACAGAGUGUCGGAUUUUUGUUCAGACCUAAAGAACCGCCACCACCUCCACCAACUGCAGCUGCCAUAUCAGUGCAUCAUCAGCAACAACAACAAAAACGUCUCAGUAACACUCAUACGAAGGUUAUGCCCAAGGAGACUGUAGUUGGCGGUAGCAACAAAACCCAAGCAAUCCAGAUAACCACUACCACCCCGACCAACAACUACGCCACAAAAGACGUUGAAAGCAAAAAAUCCAACGACUACGAUAACGUGAACGAUGACGCUCAAGACGUCGACAACAAAGACAACGACGACACUAACGCCACCAACGCCAGAACCAACGACAACGUUAACGACGAUGACAACAACAAACAGCACCAAGAAGUCGCUUCAAGAAAUCGCAAACUAUCAGUUAACAGCAGCGGAUUAGAGGAACAAAAACCACCGCCAUUCAUAAGACAUGAUGCUACCAACCAACGGAGAAGAUCCUCCGCCACCACUGGUUCUGUGACCGAUACCACACUUACCAACAGCAAAAACUCUUACCAAGACCGAAUAUCAACGAAUAUUUAUGAGACAUUCGAUAGCUUUAGCCCAACUGUUGUUGUUGGCAGCGCCACAAUUACCGCCGCUGAGACGACGACACUACCGCCACCACCACCAAUCCCAACACCAUCAUCAUCAGCUACUCCCAACAAGUACACAUUUGGGAAUACAACAACUCAACCGAACCGGACCGUUGUUCGAGUAGCUCCCUUCAACAAGACCACAUCCGAGAUACAUCGUCUCAAAAUCACCCACACAGACAACAACGACGACGAUGACGAUGGAAAAGCAUUUGGCGCGCGAAAUUCCACUAACUGCGGCACAAGUGGCCAAAAGAAGACCUCCAUCCUUAUCAACGGCGAUGAUUGCUAUUCAACCGUAAACGUCACCAAUGACACUCCAUUGUAUCAGUCGUCUGUUGUUGUAGCCGAUGGCAGCAGUAUCGAUCCAAUGCUUAAAGUGACAUCGAAUACAGUUACGAUAAAUGUUGUCAGCAGUAGCCCGAGGACACCCCAAGAAGAACUCAUUUACAAGAACAACAAAAUCAACACUCUCCUAAGUAGCAGGACUGGUGGCAGUUGUAGUGGUUCUUCCACAAAGGCUAUUAUUCCGAUUGGAAGUAGUUAUGGUAGCGGGGUUGGGGGAAGUAGUAGUGUUGCAUCAAGUCCUUCUUCAGAUUUAGUGAAAACAUCAAACAAACGUGGACGCACUCUAAUCACGUUUGACUAUGAUAAGUCUCCAGUUCCUGUGAGUAGUAGUAGCCCUAAGGAUAUCCCAGUGGUGUCUACAUCAUCGCCAGGAAGCGAACCAAAUGACGAUGUGUUCUCCCACGAGGAAGAACUUGUGAAGAUUCUGCGAAAUCCCGUCGAGGCAGUUCGGCGAAAUUUGGUGCCACAUGUAUGUGGCAAGGGAGAAGCCUCAGCUUCAUCAUCGGACCAACCAAAGUCAACAGAAGUGGAGAGUAGCAAGUCAUCAUCGAAACGUCAACGAAAACGUCACAAGAGUAACGAGCUAACAGUUCCCAGUCCAUCAAUGGGAAGAAGCAGCGAACGGAAUUCGUUUGUGGGUAAGCUUCUGGAAGAUCCCACUUUAAGCCACCUUGCCGAUGGUCUUGAGAGUGAUGUUGUAGUUAAACUUAUUGAAAACUCGCUGAAACGUUUGAAGGACUCACGCAGCAGCAUUGACACGAGCGGUACCAAAGAUAACGAGGACAUGAAUCGCUUGAUCAACUUGUCCCUGCAACGCAUUAAAGAGGACCGACUAAAGCUCGAGUCACAGAUGCACGAAGCUGAGGAACAGCAAGAGAUUCAAUCGAAUCGGGGUAGCAUUAGUUCGGGGAAUAGUUUCUCGUCGGCGAAUUAUGAGAUGUUCGAUUUCAGUGAUAAUAACGAAUCGGACUGUUACCAAAGCUGUUCGAGUGAAAUCGCUGAUACCGAUACACCGUUAACGACACGAAGUAAGUUCUAUCAAAUGCUGGUCGAUGCCACUCUUGCCGAAAUCGAAAUCUCGACAAAUGUCGACGAUGAUCAUCAUUACGAAUCGAUUCGUGGAAAUAACGGAGAUCCGAUUUAUGAGGAGAUCAAUGAUAUUCCGCCACCACUGCCACUCUCGCCACCGCCGCUGAAUGAUCCUGAAUUGGAGAAGAAAGCUGCCCGAUCGAUGUUCGAAGGGGCAUCGAAGUAUGAUAUUUUGUCGUAUUUGGUCGAUGCCAAAGAGCGGGGUCUUGUCCGGGAGGAGUCAUUCGAGUAUAAUAUCAAUAACACCUCCAAUCCGAUCAUUAUUGAAGAAGAGAAUGAUACGCUGAGUGAUCUGAAGCAGACCUCAGAUAUGAGCAGUCGAAUCAGUCAUCUCUCGGUGACAAGCGAUUCGAGUGAAGAUACCAACAGUUUGACAGGAUCGAUGGUUAAUGAUCGUCUGUCAGUACUGAGCGCCCUUCGGAAGGGCACCUCUUCGGAGAUCGAACGAAACGACUCGGGAGUUGGCUCUGAGACGAGUAAAUCUUCCCGCAGCAAGUACCAAAAUAAUCCCCAAACCAAUUCCGUGCUUAGCAAAAUCAGUCCAAUUCAUUUGUGUGAAGACUGUGAUGGCCCCGUUGAGACUCAGGUCACUGACUCUGGAGUGAUGUUUGCCCCACUCGUUUGUCGUAAAUGUGGCAAAAAACGAGCCGAACGAAAAGAGAUCAUUACCGAAAUUGUAGAAACGGAAGAAAAAUACGGACGAGAUUUGACGAUUAUUUUGGAAGAAUUCUGUCAGCCAAUGCUGGUGGCGGGAUUGCUUACACAAGAGCAACUCUCUGCAAUCUUCUUGAAUACCGAAGAACUGCUCGAGAAUAAUCAGACUCUUGCCGAACGAAUGCGUGAUGCAUUGGAUAUUGCUCUGGAGCAGGGCGAUGAUGAUUUGUUGACGGUGAAUAUUGGUAAAGUGUUUUUGGACUUUACGCCAAUGUUGCAUGCCUUCGAGAGCUAUUGUGUUCGACAGGCUGGGGCAAGUUUAUUGCUGGCAAAUUUGGAGAAGGAAAAAGAGUUGUUGAGGAUAUUUUUGAAAGUGUCACAAAUGGAGAAUACCGUUUUGAGACGAAUGAAUCUCAACUCGUUUUUGAUGGUUCCUGUCCAGAGAGUGACGAAAUAUCCCCUUUUGCUGGCCCGCCUUUACAAAGUCACACCACCACACCUAGAAGGCCGAGAUUUGCUCAAACAAGCCCAAGAGAAGAUCGAACUGCAUUUAAAUCACAUCAAUCAAGAGGCAAAAGAUGUGCCCACUAAACUAUGGCGUCGGAUAUCUUCCUCGAGUCCCAAUCGACGAGCUUCCUGUGAAAUUGAUAUGAUCAAUAUCAAGCUUCGGAAGCUGGCUAUUGACAUCCUCGAAUGGAACCAUGACGAAGUGAGGUUUGCCAUGGAAGGAAAGUUGAUGUACACUCAGCCAACUGAUAGCAAUUGGAAGAAGGGCCGUACUAUUAAGCUGAACCCAGUGAAUGCGUUGCUGGUGACAAACGGAAAGCCAAGUGUCAACUACAAAGCUGAGAAGGCGAUGUCGGGUCAGCUUAAUUUCCCCAAACAUACUGGAAUUCGAGAGGCAUCAUUGCUUGUGGUUAAGGAAAAAUGUGGUCGAUACACAUUGAUACGGGAGCCACUGUAUCUCGACAGAUGUGUGGUUUGUUCCGAAGCGGAUUGGGAUGAUUAUUUCGAACUGCAGGAGAUUUCAUCCAAAGAUACUUUUAUUUUUAAAGCUGAGGAUGCAGUUCGCACAAAACAAUGGUACACACAAAUUCAGUAUCAUGCUCAAGGUAUGGGCGCUUGGCGUAAGAGACGUAAUGCGUUAGCUAACAUCAUGAUAAAUGGAAUGCUGUCAAGGACCUAAGAAUUUUAUAUAAAUAUGCACACUUUUUUUCUUAAAUUCAAUAUUAAAUAUUUUUAAAAAUUUUAAUUUUUAGUUUUAACAAAUUUUUUAAAUAAUAUAAAUAGUUUGUUUUUCUUUUGUCUUAUUUUUGUUCUAUUUUUUUAAUUAAUAAACAAAUUCUUUUAAAUUGAAA